CCCGCAAAGCAACCUGAGAGCCCUGAGACCAAAAUCCAACUCUUCAGCUCCAAAGAAACAAAUGAUUGUCUCCAAUCUUCCAAGACUCCAAUCUCACUGGUUACCAAUCGUCACUUCACCUCUGACCCAAUUCUUCAUCUCCAAAACACCAAAGAAACAGUUUUUCAUCAACUCCACACUCCUAUCGAAGCCUUUGUCAACAACCCUUUUCACCAAAACCCCGGAGAAAAACUCCUCCACAUUGCAAGAAUCAAGAAACCAAGAAAAAUUUGUUGAAACACCUCAGAUUGAGCUAUCCCUUGAAAAGCUGUUUUUGCCCCCUGAUACUGAUGUUUCUUCCUUGACAACCCCUUUGAGUAGCAGAGUUUUGAAGGGCUCUAACAUUGUGCUUAGCAAGUAUGCUUCUGAUGCUCAAGUUGACUGUGCUGAGUUCAUAAAGAGCAGUGUUAAAACUGAAGAAUGUCCUACUGAUGGAUUGCCUGAAUUUGCUCUUGUCGGGCGGUCUAAUGUGGGGAAAUCCUCGCUUCUUAAUUCGCUUGUUAGACGAAAACGUCUUGCUCUCACCUCGAAGAAGCCUGGAAAAACACAGUGUAUUAACCAUUUUAAGAUCAAUAAUAACUGGUACCUUGUGGAUUUGCCUGGUUAUGGGUAUGCAGCUGCACCUCAGGAAUUGCGAACAGACUGGGAUAAGUUCACCAAAGAUUAUUUCCUAAACCGGCCAAAUCUUGUUUCAGUGUUUCUCUUGAUAGAUGCUAGUAUUCCUGCUAAAACAAUUGAUCUCGAGUAUGCUAGUUGGCUGGGAUGGAAUCAGAUACCCAUGACUUUAGUGUUUACCAAAUGUGACAAGCGGAAAAAGAAAAAGAAUGGAGGGCGAAGACCUGAGGAAAAUAUUCAAAAUUUUCAGGAGUUGAUACGUGAAUUUUUCCAAACUGCCCCUCCUUGGAUUUUGACCAGCAGCAUAACCAAUCAAGGCCGAGAUGAGAUACUGUUGCAUAUGUCUCAGCUAAGGAACUACUGGCUCAAGCACUGAAGUUCGAAUCAACCUCUCAAAUAUAUGAUUGGGUCUAUAGCAUCCUCGUCGUGUACGGAGCAUCUGAAUGCCAGCUGAUAGCAAGAAAAUGGAGUCAAUAGAUGCCAUGAUUUGAUCCUUGAGAUUGAAGAAUGAUGCUUGGUAGUGCGAAAUCUUUGUGAAAGGGCGCAGAUGAUAGAUGUUCUGGAUCAUAUGAAGUGGUCAACUGAAUUUGGCAUUAAUCUUGCUGGUCGAAGGAAGGUGACUUAGGUGGGUUAUGUAAUUGUAUAAAGACGCUUUUCUGUUUCUUUUGGCAAGAAUGUUAAAAUAGGAGAUUUAAAUGAUGAACUAAGCCCUGUAACGAGAAAGCCAAACCUGUUAUUCUAUGUAUUAUCUUCAUUUACAGCAUUUACAAAUGAUGAGGUUAUCUCAACUGGAUUUUAAUCGCAAUUUCA